AUGGCCGUCACAGAUGCAGAACUUUCGAUGUCUGAUGAUUUGGAUGUCAAUUUUCUUGAUCUUCCUCAUGAACUAAUAGAUUUGAUAUUGCAGAAUGAGAUUUUGAAUGCUAAAGAUAUUUGUAACAUUUCACAAACAUGCACAGUUAUAAAGGAUGUCUGUCAGAGUAAGGAAUUAUGGCGACGGAAGAUGCAACAGAGAUGGCCUGGACUGAUACAACGCUACAGUCGAUCACAGUUACACGAUUGGUCGGCAGAAUUCAGAAAAUGCUUUGUGAUAGGACAGAAAGUGAGAAGCAUGGUGGAGAGUUUAUCCCCUACAUAUUAUAGCUGUGAAGAGGUUUCUGAGGAAGGCUUUGAAGGUUUUGUAAAACUGUUAGAUGAGUGCAAUGCUGGAGAAAUUGUUUUGAACUCGUUAAUGGAAAUUAUUCACGACCAACAAAGUCAUAACAACCUGACAAAGAAGUUUUAUGCAGCUAAAGUUUUAAGAAAUAUUCAACAUCAUUACCUGGAAAAGAAAUGGUCUGUCCACCUUGAGGACCAAGAGCCUUGUAAUCAGUGGCUGGAAACAGGUGCAAUCCUCUUGUCACAAUGGUGCCGGCCGACAGAAAACAUCAUUGAAAAUAAUGUGUAUGAUUUACUUGAUCAUAUGACUGCACAAGUUAUAACCAAAUGUCCUGAAAACAUAUCAAGCAGCUUCAAAGAUGGUAAACCCGAAGGAGAAUGGAGCUCGGAACAAGAACGGACGUUGUUGGAGACCUUAAAUGGUGUUCUGUUCCAGGAUUACAAACUACGAGGCAAUACAGACAACUACUAUGAUGAACAGAAUUCCUUCAUUCACAAGGUGUUGGAGAGAGGCCUUGGUAUACCAAUUACAUUAGCCAUCGUGUACUCUGCUGUUGCCAGGAGACUUGGUGUCACGUGUCAACUGAUAAACUUCCCUCAGCAUCUGUUGCUAAAAUGGAAGGAGCACCCAAUGGCAACACCUAAUCAGCAGUUCACCUACAUUGAUGCCUUCAAUAAAGGCAAAUUCCUGAGUGAAGAGAGCUUACCUAAUACCUUCGGGCUCCCAGGUAGUAUGUUCAUCUCCUCCAAAGUCUUCUCUGGGAUCGACCCAAUAGAGGUGUACAGGAGGAUGUGUCGUAACCUGAUUAAUAUAGGACGCCAGCAGAGCAGCAUUGGGGAUGGUCUCCUUGGUCUUAGGAAUGCACUUGAUCUCUCCCUCAUUCUGUCUCCAGAAGGAUGUAGAUAUUCUUCUGUUGAGUGUCCGUGUCAACCUUCACCUGGGCAUCAACCUUUGUCGGACGUCACGUAUGUUAGAGAGGAUAGCAGAACUAGACCAUUCACAGGCUUCACUGGUGAACUACCUUACCAGGACAGUAGAAGAACAAGGACAGACGUACAAAGAGAAGAAAAACAAAGAGGCAUACAGGAGGGAUAUAUACAGACACAUACAGGGAUACAGGAGUUACAUAUACAGGCACAGUUCAGAAUAAACUUCGAUUAUAUCAAUAGACACAUGUUAUUCAGGAUUACGGACUUUGUUUUAAAAUGCAAUAAUACAUACUUUCAGAUAAUUCCAAAGAAAAGAUCUGAUGGAAAUAACCAAAAAAUGUUGUUCUCCGUGGGCCAAGUGAUGUGUCAUAAAAAGUAUAACUACAUGUGUGUGAUAUAUGGCUGGGACCAGAAAUGUGAGGCGAGUAAAGAAUGGAUUCAUCAAAUGGGUGUCCAUACUCUGCCCAACAAACAACACCAGCCUUUUUACAAUGUCCUGGUGGAAGAUGGUUCUAACAGAUAUGCUGCUCAAGAAAAUCUAACCAUGCCAGAAAGUGUCUCAACAAUCAGUCACCCAGAAGUUGGAAAGUACUUCGAAUGUUUUACUGGCACACACUAUGUUAUGAACAAUGAAAAGUGUAGGGAGUAUCCAGAGGAUGGAACAGCUACUGGACAGAUCAUUCACAAGUCCGACGAGUGAGGAAACACAGGAUAUGUGUAGUAGGGGAAAGGGAUAAUAUUGGGAAAAGAUUACAGAACAUGUUGAUUUGGUACAGGUGAAACACAGUGACAGGGCAUGUGGAACAAUUAAUUAGGUACAGGUGAAACACAGUGACAGGGCAUGUGGAACAGUUAAUUAGGUACAGGUGGAACAUGAGAAACAUAUCAUGUGGAACAGUUAAUUAGGUACAGGUGGAACAUAGGAAAAGGAUCAUGUGGAACAGUUAAUUAGGUACAGGUGGAACACGGGACACAGAUCAUGUGGAACAGUUAAUUAGGUACAGGUGGAACACGGGACACAGAUCAUGUGGAACAGUUAAUUAGGUACAGGUGGAACACGGGACACAAAUCAUGUGGAACAGUUAAUUAGGUACAGGUGCAACAUAGGAAACAGAUCAUGUGGAAGAGUUAAUCAGUCAAGCAAAAAUUGUUUCUCUAAGAAAUCUGUUUUAAUUUGGUGAAUGGUAUUGUGUAAUUUUCAGGUUUUUUUUUUAUGAUUAUGUAAUUGAACAGCAAUGCUAAGUAUCCUUUGUAUUAAUAUUUACACACAGCACAACAAACAGUAUGAAAGUUCAAAAAUUAUUGAAUGGAACCAACAACUUGUUCAGGCUCAUAUCAAUUAUUAAAUAUUUGGCAUUCUUAAGGGCAGCUCAUUCUUACAAAUAAAUUACAUCAACACACUUUCAAUAUUACAUAAUUAAAUUUGACUCACUACUAAAACAGGUACACCUAAACAAAUAAGAUUCUGAUGAUACUAGUAGGGCAUGCAAUCCCCGAGCUUGAGCGAUCACAAGCUUAGCUAGCAAUGACUAAAUGAGCGAAUUCAAGCCACCAAGUAUGCAGCUGGUAGCUAUAGAAGGCGGCUCUUCUAAGACUGUUUUAGAUGGGCAACCCCCGAGCUUGAGUGAUCCCAAGCUUAUCAUCUAAAUAAGAAAUAGAUACACAAACAUAAUAUAAGGAAUUGGGGCAAAAAAUUCCCCGAAUUACAAGUCCAAAUUGAAAGAGGUUACAUAUGAAAAAAAGUAACCGAAGGAGAGCCCUUUUAUGUGUGUUCUGUCUGGUGUUUAAAAAGAACAUCGAAAUACAUAUUAUACGGGUUGUAUUUUCUUUGAUGUCCAAGUACUAUCAGGUGAAAUAUGUCCACCAGAGACUUCUUGGAACUUCCAUCAUAUUCUUAAUCUGAAAUCAGAGCAUGAUUGGAACACAGAAUAUAGCACGGUGUCCAUCUGUAUGUCUACAGAGGUGAUGGUCCAGUCAUCAGGAUGUCCAUGGAAACCAAGUAUCAUGUUAUGCAUGCUUUUUUGUUGUUUUUUUAAGGUACACAUUUACCAGGUAAUUGUAUUUUUUACAGAUUCUGAUAUUAAAUGUAAAGUGGUGUUAUAGCCAGUGUGCUACAUGUUUGUUUAUGUACAUGUAUUUAAUCGAUUUGAAGUCGGACAUUAUGGCUGUUCAGCAGAUAUUUUAAAAGCAUCUAAGAUCUUACUUGGUAAGUUGUGCACACAUUAAUGCUAUAUAUAUGUAAGUGCUAAUCUAAUUGUUUUAAUAUUUACAAUGUAUAUAUAUAAACGUGUACAGAACAUAUCUGUGAUAUAAGUGAUGUAACAAAGAAAUAAAACAUGUGAUUUGAGUAAA